AUGGAACAAGCAGACGAAGCUCAAAAGAAUAUUGAAAUAUGGAAGGUCAAAAAAUUGAUCAAAUCCCUAGAAUUAGCCAAAGGUAAUGGUACCUCUAUGAUUUCAUUAAUCAUUCCUCCAAAAUCACAAAUUUCAUUCUAUCAAAAAUUGCUUACUGAUGAAUAUGGUACUGCUUCAAAUAUUAAAUCAAGAGUUAACAGAUUAUCCGUUCUUUCUGCUAUUACAUCUACUCAACAAAAAUUGAAAUUAUACAACAAAGUUCCACCAAAUGGUCUAGUGUUAUAUUGUGGUGAUGUGAUAACUGAUGAAGGUAAAGAAAAAAAAUUAAACAUUGAUUUCGAACCUUUCAAACCAAUCAACACAAAGUUAUACUUGUGUGACAAUAAAUUCCACACAGAAGCAUUAUCUGAAUUAUUGGAAAGUGAUGAUAACUAUGGUUUCAUCGUUAUGGAUGGUAAUGGUUCCUUAUUUGGUUUAUUGUCUGGUAACACAAGAACCGUUAUUACUAAAUUCACCGUUGAUUUACCAAAGAAGCAUGGUAGAGGUGGUCAAUCUGCUUUACGUUUCGCGAGAUUAAGAGAUGAAAAAAGACACAAUUAUAUUCGUAAAGUUGCUGAAGUUGCUGUUCAAUGUUUUAUUUCAAAUGAUAAAGUUAAUGUUAACGGUUUAGUUCUUGCUGGUUCUGCCGAUUUCAAAACUGAAUUAUCUAAAUCUGAUAUGUUUGAUAACAGAUUACAAGCAAAGAUUGUUAAAAUUGUUGAUAUCUCUUAUGGUGGUGAAAAUGGUUUCAAUCAAGCUAUUGAAUUAUCUGCUGAAGCUUUAGCAAAUGUUAAAUUUAUUCAAGAAAAGAAAUUGAUCACACAAUAUUUCGAUGAAAUCUCUCAAGAUACAGGUAAAUUCUGUUAUGGUGUUUCUGAUACAUUAAAAGCUUUAGAGGCAGGUUCCUGUGAAACUGUUAUUGUUUAUGAAAACUUGGAUGUUAUCCGUUACACUUAUAAAGAUGCUGAAGGUAAUGAAGUUAUCGUUCAUGCUUCUCCAGAACAAGAAGAUCAAACAUAUAACAUAGACAAGAACACAGGUACUGAAAUGGAAAUGAUCUCAGAACAACCAUUAUUAGAAUGGUUGGCUGAAAAUUACAAAAACUUUGGUGCUACUUUGGAAUUUAUCACAGAUAGAUCAAGUGAAGGUGCGCAAUUCGUUAGAGGUUUCGGUGGUAUUGGUGCUUUACUUCGUUAUGCCUUGAACUUUGAACAACUUGCUGAUGAAUCAGAUGAUGAAUACUUUGAUGAUGAAGAAGACUUCAUUUAA